GGGUCACGUGGGGCGCGCUCCGCCUAUCAGCGCGGCGAGGCGCGGGGUCGCCCCGGCUCCCGCCAAAUACGAGCGGGAGGCGCCGGGGCGGGACCGGACGGGCCGGACCGGGCCGGGCCGCGGCGCGUCGGGCACCGCCGCCGGAGCAGCGGCGGGAGCCGCGCUGGCGGCCAUGGCAGCCAUGGAGUGCAGAGACAAAGCGGCUCUUCCCCCGCGGAAGCUCGUACAAGCUCGGCUGCCCUUCAAACGCCUGAAUCCUGUCCCCAGGGAGAAAUACGAGGCAGAUGCAGAAGUCAAAAAAAUGAAGAGCUCCCAGAGUGGUUUUGGCCUCAGUAAGGAUUCCUCCCUCGACCUAUCACACACAUCCCUGGACAACGUGGAGAAUAACUGUCAGCUGGAUGCUGAUGUGAACUUUACUCCCAAGCUUGUGAAUGGAAAGGGUCCAUUAGACCAUUUUAUCCAGAAAAACAGCAAAAGGGGCCUAGAUGAAACUGUCAUUGUUAUUGACCUGACAGAGAGCUCGAGCCAGAGACUCGGUGACGACACAGACCCUGGCAACUGCGACUCCAAAGCCUCUUCAUCUGUGGCUGUAACUAAUGGCACGAUAGGAAAAGAGAGAAGCCAGUUGAGUUGUCUGAAUUCCACUCAGAGCAGCCCCAGGGAUGACUCAAUGGAGACUGAGGUGAAGGAAGGUGAAGGUUUGGUGGGUGGAAUCCAGGCACGGGUCAGGUUAAUGGAGGGCAGCGAUGUGGGAAACCCCCAGGUCAACCAGAGCGAACUGAAGGGUGUCAUCUUUGAGGGGAAGAUGCCUGUAGUGCUCCUGGAGGAUAUUAUGACAGCAAAAUCUCCCCAGGUCGCUUCUCUGAGUGGAAACAUCACGUUGGAAAAUGAGAGCAUGGAAUUGUCUCACGAAGGAGACUCUGGACUCACCAACUCCUCCCUAAGCUCCCACUCUGGGAGCUCACCUGAGGUGCAGCCUCCUGCAGAAGCAAAGAGGAAUACCAGCCCCUUAGCUGCCUCCACGCCUCUUAGGAAGGUCUCUCAGAAAUUCCCCAAAAGUUCGGCCGAGAAGGAGAAGCUGAGAUUGCAAAAAGACCAGGAGCGAGCAGACAAGCUGCAGAAGUUGCAAGCGGAAAGGGAGGAGAAGGGAAGGCUGAAAGAAGAGGCAAAAGCUGCGAAAGAACGGGCCAAGGAGGAGGCAAAGAAGAAGAAAGAAGAGGAGAAGGAGUUGAAAGAGAAAGAAAGGAGAGAAAAGAAAGAAAAAGAAGAAAAGGAAAAGGCUGAGAAGCUGAGAGUGAAGGAGGAGAAGCGCAAGGAGAGGCAGGAAGCUUUGGAGGCAAAACUUGAGGAGAAGAGAAAGAAAGAGGAGGAGAAACGGUUAAGAGAGGAGGAAAAGCGUAUUAAUGCCCAGAAAGCAGAAAUCACGAGGUUCUUCCAGAAACCAAAGACUCCCCAAGCCCCAAAGAUCCUUGCAGGCUCUUGUGGAAAGUUUGCUCCUUUUGAAAUUAAGGAGAACAUGGUCUUAGCUCCCCUCUGUCGAAUUGCCCUGGAUCCUGACUUCUUAGAACACCUGGAUAAGCUCCUGCAUGCACAGAACACUGAAGCUUCUUUCUUGAGGGACCUGAAGUGUCGUAAACCACGGAAAACUGGGCCAACUUUUGUCAGGAACAGCACAGACAUCAUAAACAGUGAUGUGGUGGUAGUGGAUAACUGCAAAACAGAUGCUGUUCCUGAAAGGGGGAAGUUUGGCAGGAUGAAACUGCUGCAGUUCUGUGAGAAUCACCGUCCUGCAUACUGGGGCACGUGGAACAAGGAAACCACUCUGAUCCAUCCCAGGAAUCCUUGGGCAAAGGACAGUAAACUAUUGGACUACGAAGUAGAUAGUGAUGAAGAAUGGGAAGAGGAGGAGCCUGGAGAAAGCCUCUCUCACAGUGAAGGGGAUGAUGAAGAGGAGGGAGAGGAUGAAGAUGAUGAUGAUGGGUUUUUUGUACCCCAUGGGUACCUAUCUGAAGAUGAAGGAGUGACAGAAGAGUGUGAUCCAGAGAAUCAGAAGGUUCGUCAGAAGCUGAAAGCGAAGGAAUGGGAUGAACUGAUGGCCAAGGGGAAGAGGUUCCACGUUCUCCAGCCUGUGAAAAUUGGCUGCAUCUGGGAAAGUGCAGAGAGUGACAGCAGCACAAACACAGACCUCAAGGUCCUCAAGCAGUUCACAGCCUGUGUCCUGGAUUCACCUGUGGCUGAGGAAGAGCAGCAGAUACAGAAAUGUAGCAAAAAAAGAGCAAAAGAUCAACAGAUCCUUGGCCAGCUUCUGCCUCUGCUACAUGGCAAUGUGAACGGGAGCAAAGUGAUCAUCCAGGAGUUCCAGGAGUGCUGCCGCCAGGGACUGUUGAGCGAAGCGGCCGCAGCCGCCGAGGGCAGCGACACGAGCCCAGCCAGCCCCUCACGGCCACAGACACCCCUGGGUGAGGACAGCAGGGUCCCCUCCAAGGCCAGGCUAAAGAGGAUCAUUUCUGAGAACUCUGUGUAUGAGAAGAGACCUGAAUAUAGGAUGUGUUGGUACGUUCACCCUGAGGUGCUGAAGAGUUUUGCUCAAGAACAUCUCCCCGUCCCCUGUCAAUGGAACUACGUCACCCAGGUCCCUUCUUCGGGGAAGGAGGAGGGUGGCAGCGUGCCAGGAGUGGCUGUCCUGCAGACCACCCCCACCUCAGUCAAGAGGAAGUCCACUGGAAGCAUGUCCAUCACUAAAUUCAUGAAGAGGCCUCGGGAUGCUGAACAGGCUGAAGCUGCAGAGAUGGAUGGAUUUCAGGCAGACACUGAGGAAGAUGAGGAAGAUGAUGACUGCAUGAUUCUGGAUAUACAGCCAGGCAAAGGUUGUCCCUUGGCUGUUACAGCUCCAGAAUCCAGUGGCACCAGAGCUGCUCUCCAGGCCGCCGGCACGGUCAGCACAGCUAAUACAGUCUGAGACUCCACCACCUACUAACUUCUCUGUAUGUAUGUAGAAUGAGUUAGAGAAUCUUAAACCUCAUGUAUCUUUUGAACAAGAUACUUGAAAGUAUUCCAUAUUUCUUGUAAAGAGAAGACAGCACUUUGUUCUGCUUCAGACCAGAUGGAAGCUUAAAAGUUUUAGUUCCUAGGAGUUGGGGUUUUUUUUAGCUUAAAGAAAUGACUGCAUAUUAAUCUGCUCUUAAUAAAGCAUUAUUGGAAUGUUGAUACUUCUUUGUAACUGGAAGGUAUCUUAAGUUAUCUCUAAAACUAGUGGAGAGAGGGGUGGGGUUGGAAAUAAGCUUAUUGUGAUGCCACUGGGAGAAUGACUCUUGUUCAUAAUGUAUAGCACGGCCUUGGGUAUAAAUGAUGUACAAUUAUAUUUGAAUUUAUGCUAUCUGUAUCAUCCUGUUUGUGGUCUUAAUUGCUCCAGAGAACAGAAACAGGGCUUUUACCUUUGGAAAA